AUGCUGGAGCAGCAGCUCUGCCAUCUGCAUCUGGGACAGCCGGCUUUGGCCGAGCAACCCCCUGUGACCCUCCAACACCACAACCUCUGCAGCCACGCCAUCCUCCUGGCUGGGAAGAUCCGCUCCAACGUGGCCAGCCUCUUGGAGUCCUACGUGGAGAGGCAGGGGCUAGACAGGACCAUCAGCCUGGACUCGGUGGAGGGUGUGCCAGGUCCGGCCAUGGAGCAAGGGGGCGAGCUGACGGUGGCUGUGCGGUUGGGCGCCAACCUGCAGGCCUACCGGGCACUCCAGACAUUGCUGGGUGAGGUCCUGGAAGAGCAGGGGUUUCACCUGACCCCGCUGGACAUGGACUUCCACGCCUCCAUCCAGUCCAUCCUGCUGCAGGUGGCGGCCCUGGCCUACCAGCUGGAGGAGCUGCUGGCGCUGCUGAGUCACGGCAGGCCAGCCUGGGAGGCAGCCGGCCCAGGCCAUCGCAGCUUGUUUGAGAUGAAGCUGUGGGGGCUGAAGGUGCUGCAGGAGCUGGCUCACUGGACUGUGCGGUCCGUGCGAGACCUGCGCCAGGUUGCCAAGCACAGCCAGGGCUCUGGCACUGCCCAUGGGAACCAGUCCCAGAAGGAAUGAGGCUGUCUGCCUCCCUGCCACUGGGGUAGAUGGUGCCUCCCCAUCCCCCCUCCCUUCAGCAAGCCAAGAGCUGGUUUGGCAGGGGGGGAGGGGUGCUCUGCCACCCAAGGGCCAAGUCUAGACUCUGGCAUCGCGCUCAGCCUCCUCGACAGCGUGGCCAGCUGGGCCAUAGGCGGAACCUAUUCCCAAACCAUCCCUGCUAGCUCUGCAAGCCAGCUGGCUCUUCGUGGGGGGGGCAGGCACCAAGUGGGCACUGGCCAGUGCCAAAGGGCUAAUGGGCUGCUGUGGCAAGAGGCAGGAUGGCCAGGUGGGGGUGGGGGAGCUCAAAUCCCUGAUGUGCCUGCUCUGUCCAUUCCCCCCUCCUCUUCAGAUGGGAAGGUGGGAUGGCUCUGGCUCUGGGGUGGCUCAGCACAGGGUGGGGAAGGAUAUGUGUGUGGAGAGAGGGGGACAGGAGGCGUCUCCUGACUCCCACUUCUCAGCUUAGAAGCCGAUGGCCCCAUUUGCUCACUGUGGGGAGGGAGCUGUGAAGUGGCUGGAGCCUGGAGCUCCUCAGGGGUGGGGGCAGGGGCUGCCCUGCUGGGAAGAGGAGGCAGGGCUGCUGCAGGGAUCCCCCAUAUGUCCCAGCUGGGAUCCCCCUCUUCCCUCUCCCACUGAGCUGCCUCCCUCUCAGGGAUUUCCCUACACCCCCCACAGGGGUGUUUACCCCCCCCACCCCAAUUUCCCCAACACCCCCCACAGUUUUGUGAACUAGUUACAUGCAGUGAUUGUUUGGAAAUUUGAAUUAAAAUUGAAACAUUAAUACACACUUUAAAAGCAUAGAACGUGUAUCAUAAAAUAUGUGUAUCUGAAAAAGUAUAAUAGAUUUGAAAAGUAUGAACAUAGACUAGCUUCUUUAUACAGCUCUUGUUUUUUAUGACCAUGUCAGAGCAUUCAUUUUAGUGAUGUUGGCCAACCUAAUAAUUUCAAAUUAUGAUUUAUAAGCAAAGUCUAAAUGAGUUCUCCCUGACAGCUAGUGAUGCGUUGGGGGCUGGGGGGAAAGGCUUCAGGACCAGAUUGCAUUUAGGGUUCUGGGGCAAAAAUUGGGGAUUUGUCCUGCUUUGAGCAGGGGGUUGGACUAGAUGAUCUCCUGAGGUCCCUUCCAACCCUGAUAUUCUAUGAUUCUAUGAAGGAAUGGAAGUACCGGAGAAGCCACCAAAGAUGAAUGCAUUGCAUUCAAGAAGUUCAAUAAGAGUUGUGCAAAAUUAUAACAAGAAACCAAGAAGGAUGUAGAUGUCGUGCUUCAUGGAAGGCUUGAGUAGCCAGCUUUAAUUUGUGUGAUGAUUUUAAAAUCUAAUAAAAUGGUCAUGAAACAUUUUUCAGUUUUUACUAUGGUGCCAUACAGCCCCCCUUCACCCUCACGGUC